CUGCCUGGUCAUACCAGCCCCUUGCUACCAUCUUAGCUGUCCUCUUCUCGCACCGGGGCUUUCUCUCACCCAUCUCCGCCAUACACGAGAGCUACUACCAGCCUAGUGAGCUCAGACUCUAUCUGCCCAUCGGCAUCUCGGCACACGACUGUGGCUUCUGGCUACUUCCGCUGCUGCUCCCGCUUCACACGAUCAAGGCUCACCUCUGCUCAGGAUUCACAUCGCCUGGCCGAGCGUCUCUCUGUGAACUGUAUCCUCCCAGGACCCGGUUGCGGAUGCCUCCGAUUAUAUUUUACCAUAGCAGCUCGCUAGUGAUCUGACAGACAGCAUCACCACCCUGCCAAUCUCGCCACCAUGAAGUUCUCCAAGACGUAUCUUCAGACCAUGACGGAUCCCUCCUUUCCAAAGGAAUGGAGGGAAAAGGGUCUCGAGUACAAGGAGCUCAAAAAGCUCAUCAAUGGAGUCGUUGCUGAGUUGGAGUCACUCGGGCUCAGCGCAGACGUCUUGCGAGACUUGCUGGAGCCGCCGGAGCAGGCGCAGGCCAGCGUCGAUAGUACUGCUUCAGCUCAGUCCACCUCUAAGAGCACAUCGUCGCGCAAGAGGCCAACGUCUUCUGGAUCAAAUGCAUCCGAGACUGGGCCUGGGUACAGGCAUCGUAGCGCAAGCAGUGAGGGCAGCCAUGCUAGCCAUGACACAUCUGAUUCCGAGGGCCAAGACGAUCUCAGCAGUAGCCUUGUGGCCGGCCUCGCUCGGCUCUCCACAGGAAGACCAGCUCCUUCGGGCUUCGUGGACCCCCUCAGUCCGCUGAUGGAGGAGGAGGAAGCCAGAAGGAGGAGCGUCGAGCAGGCAAUGAAUGUUCCGCCCUUCACCCCGGCCGAAGCCAUGCCCCCAGCUGCUCUCCUCCCAACAGAACAGGCAGUUCGACCUUCGCCUGCUGGAGAAUGGCUUUCUUCCAUCUCUCAUCCUCAUCAUCACCUGCAUGCUCCUCCGUCGGACCCUCACGCAUCCACUAGGGGCAAGAAGCGCUCGAAGCGGUCUCCAUCCCCCGUUGGACUCAAUGCAGAGCUUGGGUCAAGAGAGGGAUCGGAGGAGAGUGCAGCCGGACCUUCACAGCAAAAGGCUAGGCAUUUAGGUGUAAGCGAUGAGGACCGUACUCAUCUGUUCCGUGCAAGUCCUAUGGCUAUGUUGGGCAUACCCAGACAGGCGGAUACAACAUUCGAGAGAGAUUCAUCAGCCGACCUUAACGAUGGCGAAGCCAACCUAGCCUCCACCUCGCCGAGCUCAAGCUGGCGGCUAGGCAAGAAGGAUCUUGAACAGCUACGUCGCAACAGUCACAGCGCACCUGGUCGACCUUCUUCCGCCGGCAAAAGACAAGGGAGCGCGACGGGCGCAGAAGAGGCUCUUGAGACUGAAGCUGAUGAUGAGCGACACGAUUGGGGUGGCCAUGCAUGGAGGGAGAGGCAAGGGCUGGGCUGGGAUGCAACCCAGAAGGCAGCAGGCAACGUCCAACGGACUGCUGCACAGAAUGGGAACGGUUCAUCGCCUGUCCCAGGCUCCAAGCAAGGCAGGUGGGUCCAAGGAAAGGACGGCCGUCGGGCUAGGGCCGAGUAUGAGCUGGCAGGGACACCGGAGCAUCCAACCCCUCGCAUCAAACUGAUCAUCGAGUCUCCAGUCAAUUCAGACGACGAGAGCGAGGAUUCCGCCGGAUCAAGCGACGAAGGAGACGACGAUGAUGGCCGUAUCACCGAGCUACCGCCCUCUCUCCCUGGCUCGCGUCGUCCAUCGACAGACCAGCCGGCGGUCAUUCCUCCUAUAGCAGUUGCCAAUGAAGACACUUCCGCUGACAGCGCGCCUCAGCAACCUCGGAUGAAGCGGACCAGGGAGAUCAUCAUCCCACUCACGGCCGAUACAGAAUUCCUGGAUACAUUGACUGCCUCUCUGACGAAGCUGUCAGAGCUGCAAAAGAGUCAGAAAGACACAUUUGUGACCUCGACGGAGGAUCUUUGUGCAUCGGUUGCUCGAGCCGCCAGUCCUUACGCAACCAAGAAUGAUCUCUACGUGUGGAGGGAAAUCUUCCAGCUCUGGGUGGACAUGCAGAUCUUUGAAUCGCAGCGAGAAAAGGAUCGUGGAGAGCUGAGCGUUGACGAGUCAGAGGCAAGGCUGCAGCGAUUCGCACAAGAAUUGGCCAAGCGAGGCUGGCUGGCUGAAAGUGCCAUGCCGUCGUCGCCCGGAGGCAGCAAGAUCAAACUCUCGAGGUCUAAAGAGGCAAUGCAACAAGCCCUGACGGUAUCGAUGAAGUCUUCAAAGUCAGCGUCUGCCGUGGAAGACUUCUUGCGGCUGAACCUGGCGCUGCUGGACGUCAAGAAAUUCCAGCGAGUCAAUGUAGAGGCGGCGAGGAAGAUUCUCAAGAAGCACGACAAGCGUACUGCUCUCACUGCUAGCUCUGGUCUGCGCGACUUUGUGCGACAGCAGGAAGCAGCCCGUGCCUUUACAACUGCCAUGGGAGGUGCGGCAGCAAUGAUGGGUGGUGCUGGCCUCCCGGCCGAGUCGACAGGCACCCUUGUUGCGCCAGCCUACGGUACACAUCCUUCGCUAGCAGCGUUGCUGCCGUCAUCUACGACUGGCCUGCUUUCCGAGUCACUCCCACACAUCCUCCUCUCCCUCCUGACCACGACUCUCCUACCCAUCCUGCCAAGCGUAGACGACUACUCCUGCGCCAUCUGCACCGGUCUAGCCUGGCGCCCGAUCCGCCUCGACUGCUCCCACCUCUUCUGCAUCCGCUGUCUAGUCAAGCUUCAAAAGGCAGGAAAGAAACACUGCCCCCUCUGUCGCGCUCCCGACGUUGUCAUGUCGGCCGACGGACGCAACAUGGACGAGGCGACUGUGAAUAUGCUUCGCAUGUGGUUCCCGCAUGAGGUGAAUGAAAAGGAGCAGGAGAAUGAGAGUGAUAGGAAAAAGGAGGAACUGAGCGAGUUGGGCAUACGUAGUGAGGGAAAGUGUGUGGUGAUGUGAUCAGGGUAGCAAAAAGAUGUAAGGUGAUGAGGAGGAGUCGGGUGAGAAAAAUCCCUGCAUAUAGCGCAUCAUGGUCCAAUUUGUAUCUAUCUUCACCUCACGGACAUGACAGUCAACCUUCUCUGUCUCUGAAGCAGCUCGAUCGCCAUCGUAUGUCAAAAGGUCUGACUCUCCAUUGUAACUAUCCAUCGAAAGACGAUCCGCCUAGUCUCUCUCUGUCCCUCAAGCGCACCGCGCAACCCCCCCUCUCCGCCAGUCCGGUCUGUGACCGACGGAAGGCCGCCGCCCAAAAAGGCUGCAAGCAACGUGAGCUCCUCU